AUGAGGAGAGGAGAAGGAGGGCUCAGGAGAAGCCAUCAGAUCUUGUCCCGUAUUUGGUGUCUGCUUCUCCCAGACCAGCAAGGAAGGACAAUGUGCCAGGGGUCCUUGUCAUUCAGAGACGUGGCUGUGGGCUUCACCCGUAAGGAGUGGCAGCAGCUGGACCCUACGCAGAGGACCCUGUACCGGGAUGUGAUGCUGGAGAACUACAGUCACCUGGUCUCCGUGGGGUGUCAAGUCACCAAACCAGCUGUGAUCUCCAGGUUGGAGCAGGGGCAAGAGCCAUGGAUGGAGGAGGAAGAGAUCCUGACAUGGAGCUUUCCAGAAGUUUCCCAAGUUGAUAGGCAACGGGAACACCGAGAGGAACCUGUGAAGCAAGUUGCAGCCCCAGACAAGAAACAACUGACCCCAGAAGAGCACCACACACGUACCACAGUUGGAAAAAACAGCUCUCAGGACACAGUCGUCGUCCCUUCAGAACAACAGGCCGCUCGGUGUGAGUCAUGCGGCGCCGCCUUGCCGGGUAAGGCGGACGUCACUGUCACUCCCAGCGCGUACCUUGCGAGGAGGAGGUUUGAAUACGAUGCACAGGGGAACCUGUUUCUCUACUCGAAGCUGGACGCUCCCCCUGCCGGGGCGCGCCCACGCCAAUGUAACCGGUGCCGAGAAGCUGUAAGCCGUGCCCAAGCUCUUAAUGCCGACCAAGGAACCCACAGUAACAAGGAACCCCGCAAACGCACCGCAGGCAGGAAGGGCCUCUCUCUCAAGUCAAGACUCACUACCCGUCAGAGAGUCCACAGGGCCAAGCCACCCUCAGGGCGGAACUACCAGCGGGGAGGUGGCCCGCCCAGGCAAACAUCCGGGAAAUCAGGCGGACCGGAAAUGCCGCCGAAACAGGAAAUGCCGCCGAAACAGGAAAUGCCGCCGAAACAGGAAAUGCCGCAGAAAGCUCUUGGGGGAGACGAGCCUGUGCAUCCCCCCAGGCCGUUCUAA